AUGGCAGCGGAGGGGUCGUCCCUGGCGGACCUCUGCCACGAAAUGACUUGCCCCAUCUGCCUGGACUAUUUCCAGGAGCCGGUGAUGCUCGACUGCGGGCACAAUUUCUGCCGCGCCUGCCUGGCCCGGUGCUGGGGGGAGCCCCGCCCGGGCGCCUUUUGCCCCCAGUGCCGAGAAGCGUGCCAGCCAAGGGGCUUCAGGCCGAACCGGCAGCUGGCCAACGUGGUGGGCAUCGCCCAGAAGCUCCAGGAGGGGGGUCCAGGGGCGGCGGGGCGGUGGGGAGCGUGCCAGGAGCACCGGGAGCCCCUCAAGCUCUUCUGCCACCACGACCAAGCCCCCAUCUGCGUGGUGUGCGACCGAUCCGAAGCGCACCAGGCGCAUCGGGUGGUUCCUGCCGAAGAAGCUGCCCGGGAAUAUAAGGAAAAAAUCAAAAUCCAGCUGAAGUCUCUGGAAAAAAAGAGAGAACGGUUUAUGGAUUGGAAAGAGACUCAAGAGUCGAGAAGUCAGGAAUGUAUGUUGGAAGAAGAGAAGCAGAAGGUCAGGUCAGCCAUUGGAAAGAUGCGUAAGAUUCUUGAGGAAAAAGAGCAAGCCUGGCUGUCCCAGCUGGAAGAGAUGGAGAAAGAGAUGAAGGAGAGGAAGGAAGAAAAUGUCAGGCGACUGUCUGAGGAGAUUUCCCAUCUCAGUCGCUUGAUCACAGAAAUGGAGGGGAAGUGCCAACAGCCAUCAAAUGAAUUCCUGCAGGACCUCCAGUGUACCUUGAAUAGGUAUAAGAAAGAACAAGUGGAGCAUGCUGGGGGCCUUUUUUCCUGGUUGGAACGGAGACUUACAACUUGCUCGCAGAAGAGUUCUGCUCUGGGAAGGGCUGUAGAGAAAUGUGCAGAGUCUCUGGAAGAAGCCCUGAAGAAAGAAAGUUUGGAGGCUCUGGAUCAAGCUUUAAACAAAGGAUCGCUGAAACGAAUGCGACACAGAGCGGAUGUGAUUCUGGAUCCCGACACAGCACAUCCUCAGCUCGUCGUGUCUCCAGAUCUGAGGAGUGUGAGAUGGGGAGGCAAAAAACAAGACCUUCUGGACAACCCUGGGCGAUUUGAGAAUAUGUUCAGUGUACUAGGCCAUGGACAGUUCUCUUCAGGAAAACACUGGUGGGAAGUGGAGGUGGAAGUGGAGGAAAUGGAGGCGGAGAAGGCGAGGGCGCUGUGGGCUGUGGGCGUGGCGCCGGAUUCGGUGGUGAGAAAGGGAGUGAGGACAGUCCCUACUCCGGAAGAGGGGUUCUUGGUUGUGGGGAAGCUGUUUGCUGGUUCUUUCUCAUCUGGUCAACUCAAGGCUUUCACUUCCCCUAACUGGACCACUUUGACCCUGAGCCAAGAGCCCAGGAAGAUCCGGGUGUCCCUGGACUACGAAGAGAGGUGUGUAGAAUUUUUUGAUGCUGAUACAGACGAUUUGAUUUUCACUUUCCCUUCAGCGUCGUUCUCUGGGGAGAUAAUCCGCCCCUUUUUCUUUUUGGCUGGGAACAUCAGAAUGAAUUGCUGA